AAUACGGUGUGCAACACGUCAGUUUCUCAUAUCCAAGUGGGCCCAGUCGUUGUGGGAUAAAGGACUACGUGGCCCAACCAGUAUUGCCACGGAGAUAAGAGUGCUACACACACUUCCUGGGGAUAUAAAGUUCGAUACACUUGUAAAGGACGUGUCCCAUUGGCGCAGUACACGCGGACCUCCUACCCAUAGUUUGCGUCGACAGCGUGCCCCUAUUAGACAGUAUACAGAAACAAACCCUGUAACCCAGGUAACACGUGUACGGAACUUGUACGAUGCACCUAACCAGAUUUAUGGACACUCCAAGCAGCACGGACCGGGGGGACGGGCACCUGGGCGUUUUAUUCUCGACACUGUUACAGUGUUCAAGGGGGGUCUUGAAAAGAAUAUGGACCCAGCCAAGAUAUUUAUGGUGCACAUGUGUGUGGAUAGCAUGACGAGCAUGGUCUACAUAGCCCCGGUGUACCAGACCAGUGUUGACGAGGCCAACUUGGCGUUUGCCAGUAUCCUGAAGAAUGAUAUCUUCAAGUAUGAGGAAACACGUGAUAUUCCCGCAGAGUAUAGGAUCAACUCUGUCACUACUGACAACGGUCCGGAAUUCACCGCGCGUUUCGAUUCGACCAAUUACUAUGGGUUUGAUCACACUUAUUCUGAUCCCUACGAUAAGACCUUUACAUUUUUACUGGACUCGGUCGUCUCGGUACUUCAACAGUCUAUCCGGCAGUCGCAUGCUCAGUACAGUGUCAACUUCCCUGACAAGAUUGUCGGCAGUAAAGGGCUCACGUACCCCGCGGUGCAAGCUAUAAUACAACGUAUUAAUAGAACACCAAAACCCUUUCUUCGGAAGGCGCUAGGUCGUGAUGCUUCACCUAUGGAUGUAACCAAUCAGGAUUUUAAAACCAUAGCAACAUACAUCAGCUCGCUGAAGCAGAUGCAUCACGCAGUUAAAAACAAGGAUACUGAGUGGACGGUGGCUCUUGAUAACGGGACACGCAUAUUGCGGGGAACUUGGGAGUACCGGAAUUGGGAAUAUGACUGCACAUACGAGAUAGUGCUCAGACCGUCUGAUGAUAGGGAGGGAAUUGAUUGGUACGAUUUACCCGGACUCUAUCAUAAUAACCAGCAGCUGAGCAUUAAGAGACGUGAGAAGCAAUUUUACGAAGACUUCCGCAUGCCGAAGAACUUGGUGCUUGUGCACAUGUACAAAUCAAAUACGAGUACAGGGCUGGGCGGACGUCAGGGCGGGUCCAUACAGCUAGACACGAGCCGUGUGUUUGUUGUCCGAGGUACAAGCGGGGGCAGUUUACAACUCCAAAGAGUGCUCCUUGACCCAAACACUGGCGAGCCGGCCUUUGAGCAGCUUGGUGUUGGGGAUACGACUCGUGAUCCUGACUUUCCGUAUGCAGUUAUCUCCGAAAACGGGUACUUGGAGUGUAUCUUACUAUGUACAAUGGCAGACACGUUAUAG